AGUGGACUAAGCCAUUGUUGACUAAAGAUUGUCCAAGAUGGCUGCCGUCGACCCAGAAAACGCCACCGCGAGCGUCCCAUCACUGAAAAGCCUCGAUGAGAGCUACACUGGACGCUUUCUCGCCAGUGUACACAGCCUGUGGAAGAGUGAAAGCCUUGCUGAUGUGUAUUUGGAGGUGGAAGGGCGCUCGUUUGCCUGCCAUCGCCUGGUUCUAGUGGCAUGCUCGCCUUACUUCGCAAGCAUGUUUACAGGAGGCUUUAGUGAGGCCAAGCAGCAGACAGUAUCCCUUCAGGAGAUCGAUGCCAGCUGUAUGGAGGAGAUACUAAACUAUGCCUAUAGUGGCACAGUGCAGGUCAACAGGACCAAUGCCAGGGAGUUGUACCUGGCCUCGGACCUACUACAGGUGGAGCAUGUGCGCAGCACCUGUCUACAGUUCAUGAUGAACCAGGUGGACAGCAGCACCUGUAUGAUAUCCUACCAGUUUGCUCAGGCCUAUGGCAUCACUGAGCUUCUCAAGGCAGCAAAAGCUUUCAUAUGCAGCAAGUUCGCCCAGCUGUCCCAGACAGAAGAGUUUUUGGAACUCCCUUUAUCAGAACUGAAGGACAUCCUGUCCUGUGAUGACCUUGACAUUGAAGAUGAACUUGCAGUUCUGCAGACCGUGGAAAGAUGGAUCAAACACAACACUGAGGAGAGGACGGCCUAUUUGGAAGAGGCUGCUAGUCUUGUACGUUUCAAUCUCAUUCAACCUUCCAAGGUUCCAGAUCUCUUCGCUCACAUGCCAGCAGUAAAAGAGAUCAGGGAGACAGGCCUAUGCAUGAGGGGGUCAAGUCAGGGUAGGCUUGGUAUGGAUGCCAAAGAGAUGUAUGUGUUUUUUGGUGGUGCCGACCCGAUUGAUCCGUAUAAAGGCCCCAGAAGAGGACCGAUGGCCAUAGGGGCGUAUGACCCAGAGACAAGGAUUAUGUACCAGCUGACAAACCCGGGUACCGAGUGUCCUUCAGCCAUCAUUGUCGACAUUGAGCAAAGCAUCCUGUAUGUCGUGUACAUGUCUCACCUCCAGCGACGGUUUGUAAUGUUCGAUUCUGUCAACAACCGUUGGAUUGAGAAGGCCCCUCCCCUUUACGAACACAAAGUCCCCUGUGAUUUAGCGCACGUCAGCAGCAAGAUCUAUCUAAUCGGAGACACAAACGAUAACGAAAACAAAAUGGAGUGUUUCGAUCCAACGUUAAACCAGUGGACUGCUGUCAGACCCUUCCCAGAAUACCUCGGUGGCUACUUUUUCACUGCUAGUAUCGGUCAGUACAUAUAUGUGGUCAGCUCAAAGUACUUUUACCGCUACAACGUGAGCACCGAUCACUGGUUCAAGUUGACGAAGAUCACUACUCGUAUGUACAUCAAUGACGCCUGGGCGCACGGAGGGAAGCUGUACUGUGUUAAUGAGGGUAUGACACGUAUGUGUGUGUACAGCCCAGAGACAGGCGGGUGGAGCCAGCAGGACAUGCUGGAGCUGCCAGAGGCUGCGUCUGGACAGCUGGUCAGCUAUCAGGGCAAACUGCGUGCAGUCAUUGUCCCGAGGAAUACGGACCGUACCAUUGAUCGUAUCCAGAUCCACACCCUGUGUGAGGGGCCCGGGGAGGCUACAUACUGGGACCACGAGGCUUACUGUCUGCCACCGGUGUGCUUUGAGUACCAAAGAUUCCUGUGCCUUAACGCUCGACUCUUCCCAUCACGCCUGAGUCCGGGACACGAGAUGAUGCGUACGGAGAGUGAUGUUGAUGAGAACAGUGCCCACAGUUUCCCCGAUACCUCAGAAUCCGAGUCCGACGACUGGGAUGAUCAUCAGUAUUAUGAAAUCGGAGAUCUUUUCUAGAUUUACUGUUCUGAUCAAAACAUAUGUUGUUUUCACUUGUUUAUUGUAUAAAAGUUUAUUGUUUUUUUGCUUGGAAUUCCUAUUUUUUCUGGAAUCUUUUAAAUCAGAUUGACAUAUUUGGUAUUACAUGAAGAACAGACUUAAUAGAGUUUUGUACUUUAACAACCUGAUAGACACUGCCUUCGAUAAAGAUGUGAUGACAUUUCAGCAAAGAAUAUCAUGGUGAUGAAAGUAGGUUUUGCUUAAUUGCUCAUGAGUUAAUUAAAGAAAACAAUUGUGUCAUACAUGUUAAGAGGCUUAUGUAGCCAGGUAUGGCAUUUUAAGAUCACUUAAGCUGUAAAUGCUUUUCAAGUUUUCAUGAUUCCAUAUCUGUAAAGAUUCAUAAUGCUUUUGAUCACUGAGCUCUUUUUUACACAUAGAGAGAAAGAUUUUCACCAGGGAGGAAAUAAUGAUAAAGAUUUGUUUUUGCAGUUAUGUGUGAAUGGAACAAUGUCAUCAGAAGGGUCAACUACUUUUGCAACAGCAAUAUGGUGAAUGUAUAGGCUUGGUAUUUUGUUACCUGGUUCAAGUUAAGUUCACAUUUAGUUCAUUCAGAUCAAAAUCAUAUAUACUUCA